AUGGUGGUCGAGUCUUCGAGAUCAGUCAAAAGGGUCGGCGACGAUUCCGAGAUCUUACGAAGACAUUUGCUCGCUAAUGGUCUCGGCGUCACUCCUCCUAUGGGGUGGAAUAGCUGGAACCAUUUCAGCUGCAGCAUAGAUGAGAGAGUCAUCAAAGAAACUGCUGUUGCUUUGGUUACCACUGGCCUUUCUAAGCUUGGUUACAACUAUGUUAACAUCGAUGAUUGCUGGGCUGAAAUUGCUCGUGACAACAAGGGAACUCUUGUGCCAAAGAAGUCAACUUUCCCUUCUGGUAUUAAAGCGCUUGCGGACUAUGUUCACCGUAAGGGCCUUAAGCUCGGGAUUUACUCGGAUGCCGGGUACUUAACCUGCAGCAAAACCAUGCCGGGUUCUCUAGGCCACGAGGAGCAUGAUGCUAAGACAUUUGCAGAAUGGGGAAUUGAUUACUUGAAGUAUGAUAACUGCAACAACGAUGGCUCGAAACCGACUGUCAGGUAUCCAGUGAUGACCCGAGCUCUUAUGAAAUCUGGCCGUCCCAUCUUUCACUCCUUGUGUGAAUGGGGAGAUAUGCAUCCAGCUCUCUGGGGAUCUCCAGUAGGCAACAGUUGGAGAACCACUAAUGACAUCAAAGAUAAUUGGGUUAGUAUGAUCUCAAUAGCAGACAUGAAUGAAGUCUAUGCUGAGCAUGCAAGGCCUGGUGGCUGGAAUGACCCGGAUAUGCUUGAAGUGGGGAAUGGAGGAAUGACGAAAGACGAGUACAUAGUCCAUUUCAGCAUAUGGGCAAUCUCAAAGGCUCCUCUUCUACUUGGUUGUGACAUAAGAAACAUGACCAAAGAAACAAUGGAGAUCGUCGCAAACAAGGAAGUCAUUGCUAUAAACCAAGAUCCACACGGUGUUCAGGCCAAGAAGGUUAGAAUGGAAGGCGAUAUCGAGAUUUGGGCAGGAGCAUUGUCAGGUUACAGAGUAGCGUUGCUUCUGUUGAACCGUGGACCAUCGCGAACUUCGAUUACCGCUAAUUGGGAUGAUAUUGAGAUCCCUGCAAAUAGUAUCGUUGAAGCCAGAGAUCUAUGGGAGCACAAGACAUUGAAGCAAAAGUUUGUAGAGAAUUUGACAGCAACAGUGGAUUCUCAUGCCUGUAAGUUGUAUGUUCUCAAACCUGUUGCCUGA